CAAGAGAUACGAAUAUGAGAGCACUAAAAUAUACAUGGUCAUCGGGUUAGCCAUAAGACAACAUGCUGUUGGCUCAAUCCAUUUUCUUCUCUCCCAACUUUCCCACUCUCACCAAGAAGACAACUUUCCGAGCUUCGCUUCAGCCCCACAACAAUUUUCCUCCUUUCAGAGUUUCACCAACCCCAAAACCACUCCGUGUGAGAGCAAGAAUCAAAACUCUGUUCGUUCCGUUUCAGAAAAAGAGUGGUUUCCAAAUCUGCCAUAGCUUGAAGAAAGAGAGCGAAUUUGGUGGGAAUGAUGGAAGAGACUGGACAACCUCCUUUUUGCUCUUUCUCCUCUGGACAGCACUCAUCUACUAUGUCUUCUUUCUCACCCCAAACCAGACCCCUUCAAGGGAUUCAUAUUUCCUGAAAAAGCUCCUGAAUCUGAAAGGGGAUGAUGGUUUCAGAAUGAAUGAAGUGUUAGUAUCAUUGUGGUAUAUAAUGGGCUUGUGGCCAUUGUUAUAUAGCAUGCUCUUGCUUCCUACAGGAAGAAGCUCAAAAAACAGUAUUCCUGUAUGGCCCUUCCUCAUACUUUCAUGUUUUGGAGGUGCAUAUGCACUUCUUCCUUAUUUUGUACUUUGGAAACCGCCAGCACCUCCUGUUGAAGAAAUUCAGCUUAAAACGUGGCCCUUGAAUUUUCUGGAAUCAAAAGUA